GUUUCGCGGUGGGGCUUCGCCGGAGCUCUUGUCGGCGAAAUUAAGAAGCGUAAUCGCUUCUACAAAAUCUAAUGAAGUUGUAGGAAGAGUGAUUUCAGAAAGCUUGUUGCUCUUUGUUUCUUGGACAUUUUUCUCCAACUUUACCUCUCAGAGAUGGCAUUGAAAGCCGCCGGAACAUGUUCGCAUUGGUCACAACCGAUUAUUCAUCAUUCUCCUUCUCCCUCACAGGCACUCGCUUCUGCAAUCUCUACGCCGUCUUUAAAACGACGAUGCCGGAGCGAUGUAGCUCUGAUGUGCCUGUACGUUCGCGGACUGGAGCGCUCUGUUAUGUUCGGGACUCAACCUACCGGACUCCUCAGAUCUCGGUCCUGCGAGUUUCUGAAAUCUAGAUCGCGCACUUUAAAGAGAGUUUGCAGCGCAAGCUUAGAUGCGUUCUCGGACGAAGAAUUUUCGAAGAAGAUUGAGGAAUUGGUGAUGAGAAACCAACUAUUAGAUGAUAAUGAUGAUGAAAACAGUAGCAGCAACGCCGUAGAUAAUAAUUGCGAAGUAGAUGGUGGAGAGACUGUAAGCCAAGAAGAAUCAAACAGGAAUAGUAUCAACAAUUUUAUUGAUGACGAGCACUUUUCAUGGCGAGAAACACCGGAUUGGUCAGACGGUGGGGAGGAGAUAAAUCCGGCCAGCAUUGAGCGGAAGGCGAACAGUCUAGACUUUCCGCUUUCUCUUCGGAUGAUACAGAGGAAGCUACGGUGGCAAGACGGUUUCAGAGAGGCUAGAGACUCGGCUUAUUGUUCCAUGAAAAAGGCCUUCUCGUCGAUGGUGUUUAUAAUCCAAGAGCUUCAUUGUUACACCUUGCAAAUGAAGGGGCUUCUCCUGUAUCAAGAUCUACAGGGCAUCCUAGUUCGGGUGCAGAAGGAGAUUCGUGCUUCUUUUGUUUGGCUAUUUCAGCAGGUGUUUUCACAUACACCCACUCUCAUGGUGUACGUCAUGAUUUUGUUGGCGAAUUAUUCAGUGUAUUCCAUGGGAAGCAACACCGCCAUAGCAGCAGUGUCGCCACCACCUGCCACUAUUUCAUCUGUGGUGGAGAUUCAAGAGCAGAAGCAUCAAAAGUUUGAUUCUUCAACAAUUAAGACGUUCUCGGUAUCUUCUUCCAGUGGGAAAACAACCUCAAUUGGCGGUAGCAACGGGGGUGGAGGCAAAUUCCGGCCAGUUGCAAGUGGCACAGAAGGUGAAGGAGGAUUUGAUAGGGCAGAUCAAUUCAGAACCAUUGUUCCUGAUGGUGUUUCUCAAUUGUCAUCAUAUGGGACAACAAGAGAGGCAGAGUCAAGUUCAGUGCAAAUUAGCAGCGAAGAAGAGUUGAGUUUGUGGGAUUCAAUAGUAGAAGAAGCUUCAAAAAUGCAGUCUAGAGAUGAAACUCUUGACCUUGAAACCAUAAAUAGACUGGUUUCGCCUCUGACGGUUAAGAUUGCACCAGACGACUAUGCAGAUUACUUUAGAGCAGAGCUGGUUUAUCAAGCUGCGUUGCUAGAUGAGCCUAACAACCCUCUUCUUCUAGCCAAUUAUGCCCAAUUUCUCUGCCUCGUUCCUCACGACUACGACAGAGCAGAGAAAUACUUUAAAAGAGCAAUAGCAGUAGAGCCAGCAGACGCGGAGGCAUACAGUAAAUAUGCAAACUUUUUAUGGAGAGUUAAGAAGGAUUUGUGGGCAGCGGAGGAGACCUUUCAAGAGGCCAUUUCUGCCGAUCCUACCAACUCUUACCAUGCCGCUAACUAUGCUCAUUUCCUCUGGAACACUGGUGGCGAAGACACUUGUUUCUCACUCGACGCUCCAGAUACCUCCCAACAACUGUAAGCAAACAGACAAAAACACAUCCCACUACAGCAGCAGCAUAUAUAUGAUCGCUUUUUUUGCUUCGGAAUUUGUUUCACAAAUAGUAAAGAUUAAAAAAAGCAAAGAGAAGUUCAUGUUUUGAAUUUUGUGUUGGCUCUUUUGAAGUACUUGAAAUUUUAUUUUAUUUUAUUUUUUUAAAUGGGGUGGUGAGGAAAGGAAAGAGGAAAGAUGAGAGUCCAAACAUGGAGGCACGUGACUGGGGAGAGGAAUUAGGCAAUUGCUGGGACAAGUGGCAACAUUGGUGGAACUUUGUUGGGCGCAGGCAGGCUACAGAUGUUUAGAGGAGACUUUCAGGCACAUUUGAUGAAUAGUUGUUCUUCUUGGUUACACAAACCAUAUGACGAAUUGUAAUUAGUACCUUUUUGUCAAUAUAAAUUUCAUUUUAAACAAUUGAUAAUUUUUUAGUCUAAAACCUAAACCACAUUCAGUGUCCGUUUGAUGUAGCUAAAGCCUAAAAUUUUUAAUAGAAGUUCUGUUUAAAA